AUGGGUGACCUGAUUCCGGGGCUCCCGGAGGAGGUGGCGCAGGAAUGCCUGGUCCGGGUGGGGUUCCGUCAGCUCCCAGCAGCGCGCCGCACCUCGAGGCAGUGGAAGGCGGAGGUGGAAUCGCCGCUCUACGGACGCCUCCGCCGGGCCAACGGCCAUACCCGACCGAUACUCGCCCUCGCCCAGGCCCUUCCCCCGCUCGCCGCCUCCGGCCCGGCCCACAAGUACGCUGCGUCCGCCGCCCUCUCCAACUCCUACAGGCUCGUGCUCCACGACCCGGUCGACGGAGGCUGGGCCACGCUGCCCCCGCUCCCAGGCGGCCGGGGGCUCCCGCUCUUCUGCCAGCUCGCCGCCGUGUCUUGUAGCGAGAGGAGGAAGCUGGUGGUGCUGGGCGGGUGGGACCCUGAGACGUGGGUGCCGACGGACACGGUGCACGUGUAUGACUUCCUGGACGGCGCGUGGCGAAGCGGCGCGCCGAUGCCUGGGCCGCGUCGGUCGUUCUUCGCGUGCGCGGCGGUCGGAGGAAGGGUGUUCGUCGGAGGCGGCCACGACGAGGAGAAGAACGCGCUGCGGUCGGCGGCGGCAUACGACGCCGAGGCCAAUGCGUGGGCGGCGCUGCCUGACAUGGCACUGCAGCGGGACGAAGCCAGGGGGGUCUGCCUCGGCGCCAGGUUCGUCGUGGUUGGUGGGUACCCGACGGAGGCGCAGGGCCGGUUCACCGGCACCGGCGAGGCAUUCGACACAGACGUCUGGGCGUGGGGUCCAGUGCUGGACAGGGUGGUCGACGAGGGGGCGUGCCCGAGGACGUGCUGCACUGCGCCGUCCGCGGCAGGCGCCAUGUACAUGCUACGUCACGGCCAUCUCGCGGUGCGGGACGGCGACAACGAGUGGCGGUCGGUGGCACCGAUACCGAAGGACGGGCGCGCGGCGAUGGUCGUCGUGGCCAUCGAGGACGGCCAUGUGGCCGCCAUCGGCGCCGGGCACCACGGCGGUGAGCAGGCCGUGUAUGUGCUCAGCAAGGACACUGAAACCAACGGGGCGUCGCCAUCCUAG